UCUAAAUUUUAAAAAACACACCGACUGAAUUGGAUCAAAAUCUGUGGGUCAAAGGCCCCUGGCUCCAUCUUGGUACAGUCUUUCAACUCUCGAGUCGCAGAUUCUGACAGAACACGAGUGUAAGCAGAACAACUUCAACUCAGAGUUCGAGUUACCAGAAACCCGAAAAUGGACCUCAAUCAAACGAUUCGUUGCAUCGUCAAACUCGGAGGAGCGGCAAUUACUUGUAAACACGAACUAGAGAAGAUCAACGAAGAGAAUCUCGAAACAGUUUCAUCCCAGUUAAGGCAAGCAAUGAAUCUGGGUUCUUGUUCAAACAAAGUAAUCGGGAUGGAUUGGAGUAAAAGAGAUGGAGUUCUGGAUAUUUCUUCUAGUUUAGCUGAUUUCGAUGAUCAGCGUCAGUUCACCGUCGAUUUCAGCAGAUUUGUUGUCGUUCACGGUGCUGGUUCAUUUGGGCAUUUCCAGGCUAGCAAAUCCGGGGUUCAUAAAGGAGGAUUGAGUCAACCUCUUGUCAAGGCUGGUUUCGUUGCAACUCGAAUUUCUGUUACGACUCUUAAUCUCGAAAUCGUCCGAGCACUUGCUAGAGAGGGUAUUCCUUCUAUCGGAAUGUCUCCAUAUGCAUGUGGAUGGUCAACCUCGGAAAGAAAUGUAGCUUCUGCUGAUUUGUCGGGAGUAACCAAAGCGAUUGACUCGGGUUUUAUCCCUGUUUUACACGGAGAUGCAGUAUUUGAUGAUCGUCUGGGAUGCACCAUUUUGAGUGGCGAUGUUAUCAUCCGUCAUCUCGCGGAACACCUUAGGCCGGAAUAUGUUGUCUUUCUUACUGAUGUUUCGGGUGUAUACGACCGGCCACCGACGGAUCCUAAUGCAGUUCUCUUGAGAGAAAUAGCCGUGGAUGAAGACGGGAAGUGGUCUGUUGUGAAACCGACUCCGCAAAGCAUGAACAUGCAAGUUGAAAUAACCGUAGCAGCUCAUGAUACAACCGGGGGAAUGGUGACCAAAAUAUCGGAAGCUGCACUAAUUGCAAAGCUCGGGAUUGACGUUUAUAUAGUGAACGCCGCCACAAUCCACUCAUUGAAAGCAUUGAGGGGAGAGCUGAGACAUAACAUACCGGAUGACUGGCUCGGGACGGUUAUCCGGUUCUCAAGGUAAACUGGCCGAGCAUAUAGAAAUCAACGAGGUAUUGGAGCAUGUAUUGCAAUCGAUACGGAGAACCGUAUUUUUUUCAGAUCGAACUGAUAAGAGACCUUCAUUGGUGGUUUGUUACCAUAUUGUUUUAAGCUUGUUUCUCAAAGUUAGCGGUUCGCACCAUUGCUUUCAUCACGAUUAAGGGUGUAAAUCAAACGCUAUUCUAUUUGAUUCAAGCAGCUGGCUUUUGAGCUUUUUAUUUAUUUAUUGAUAUAGUAUUUUAGUGUUC